UCUCUGCGAAUCCCGCUGGAUAAAAUCUGUGGAUGGAUGUUUCAUUUUCUUUGUUUACAAGGCCUGAUCAAAUUCUUAAAUCAGAGAUCUUUGGUGUUUCCAGAUCAUUCUGCUUUCCUAGAAGUGACAAGUGCAGUUUGAACCGUCUGUUAUCUGUGACCAGAAGUCAAACUAUACAGUGUUCAAUGAAAUCUUAUCGGUUAUCAGAUCUUAAUGAUGUCGAGGUUCACACACUAAUGGUCCGUCCUCGCAUUGAUUUUACAUCAAUCUUUGGUGUGGUUAAACCUAUUGUGGAUGAUGUCCAAAGUAGAGGCGAUGCUGCUGUUGUUGAUUAUACUAUAAAAUUUGAUAAGGUUGCACUGGACCGAAUCAUUGAACACGUUUCUGAUUUGCCAGAUCCAGAGAUUGAUCCAGCGGUCAGAGAAGCAUUUGAUAUUGCAUAUGACAACAUAUAUGAAUUCCAUGCAGCCCAAAGGGUUCCCGAGAGGAAUAUUGAGAACAUGAAUGGUGUCAGAUGUAAACGAAUUGCAAGGUGUAUUGGCUCAGUUGGGUUAUACGUACCCGGGGGAACUGCUGUUUUACCAUCAACUGCUCUGAUGCUCUCAGUGCCUGCUCACAUUGCUGGGUGCAAGACUAUUGUUCUUGCCACACCUCCAUCUAGAGAUGGUACUAUAUGUAAGGAGGUGCUUUAUUGUGCAAAAAAGGCUGGUGUAACUCACAUACUCAAAGCUGGUGGUGCUCAGGCUAUAUCUGCAAUGGCUUGGGGUACCCAAUCAUGUCCUAAGGUUGAUAAAAUAUUCGGGCCAGGAAAUCAGUAUGUUACAGCCGCGAAAAUGAUUCUCCAAAACAGCGAAGCAAUGGUUUCCAUCGACAUGCCUGCCGGCCCAUCGGAAGUUCUGGUCAUCGCUGACAAAUAUGCCAACCCAGUUCAUGUUGCUGCAGACCUCCUGUCUCAGGCAGAACAUGGGCCUGAUAGUCAGGUAGUUCUUGUCAUUGCCGGAGAUGGUGUGGAUGUUGGUGCCAUUGAAUCCGAAAUCAGUAAACAAUGUGCAGGCCUUCCCAGAGGACAAUUUGCUUCAAAAGCACUCGAUCAUAGCUUUAUUGUUUUCGCUCGUGAUAUGGUCGAGGCAAUCUCCUUCUCGAACAUGUAUGCUCCUGAGCACCUGAUCAUAAAUGUUAAAAAUGCAGAAAAGUGGGAAAGUUUGAUCGAGAAUGCCGGUUCUGUAUUUUUGGGGCAAUGGAGCCCGGAGAGCAUCGGCGACUACGCUAGCGGGACGAAUCAUGUCCUCCCAACUUAUGGGUAUGCAAAGAUGUACAGUGGAGUGUCAUUGGACUCUUUCCUUAAAUACAUCACUGUCCAGUCACUUACAGAGGAAGGAUUGAGGAGUUUGGGGCCUUAUGUGUCUAAGAUGGCAGAUGUUGAAGGACUUGAGGCACAUAAGAGAGCUGUCACCCUCAGGCUUCAGAGCAUGGAAGUUCCACUUUUGUUGUAGCCUUCAACAUUCAGAAGUAAUCAAAACAGAACAAGCAAAUAUUAAUUACUAUGUUUCUUCUAAAUUGUCAACUGAUGGUCAGAUAAUUACAUAAUGAAGCAUGGAGUAUAGUGUGUGGUAAACUUGUAAAAUGUGGAUUCUAAAAGAUAUAUUUAAAA